AAUCAUUUCAAAGGUAAACAAAUGAGGAGCUCGGGGCCGACUGCCGCGGCUCAGUGGGGCUCAGAGUCGGAGCUGCUGCGUGGAUCUGGUCCGAGUGGCUGUAAUCAAAUAAAAAAAUAAGUGGCGGAAUUUUCUUUUAUAAACAGUAAAAUCCGAGUGAUUCAUUUUGGAGUAAAACCAGACGUUCAGUUAUGGAUCUUUAUUCAUGCCUUCUCUUAAUCUGACACCAAACCAGAUGAAAAUGGGAAACGGUAUAUCCGGUCAAUCCAGUAUCUUUUCUAAUCUUCCUUUCUGGAAGUCUCUGCACAUUACAAUUUUGGGUUUGGACUCUGCGGGCAAAACUACAGUUCUGUACAGACUGCAGUUUAAUGAGUUUGUGAACACUGUGCCUACGAAAGGAUUUAAUACCGAAAAGGUCAAAGUGGCCCUCGGUCGCUCCGGGACGGUGACCUUUCAUUUUUGGGAUGUUGGCGGUCAGGAGAAGCUGCGUCCGCUCUGGAAGUCCUACACUCGCUGCACUGAUGGCAUCGUGUUUGUGGUCGACUCCGUGGAUGCUGAGCGGAUGGACGAGGCCAAAACUGAACUUCACAAGCUUGCACAUGCGUCAGAGAGUCAAGGUGUUCCCAUGCUUAUCGUAGCAAAUAAGCAGGACCUGAGGAACUCUAUGACGCUGGCAGAAAUUGAGAAGAUGCUGGCGCUGGGUGAACUUGGCACCUCUACCCCAUGGCACUUGCAACCUUCGUGUGCUAUAAUCGGUGAUGGUUUACUAGAAGGACUCAAAACACUGUAUGACAUGAUCCUCAAACAGAGGAAGAGGCUAAAGCAGCAGAAAAAUAAGUGAAAUGUUCAGAAAGCAAUAGAAAUGGGUUUAUAUAGUGGUGCUGUUUGAUUGGCACUCAUUUGGUAAUAGAAUUUGAACAUGGUAUUUAUCAGAUGACUGAGUUUUAUCAGUUUUAUAGUCUAAUGGCUUGUUAGUUAAAGCCCAUGGCUUUAAACAGAUUUCUAUUAGACUAAGCAUGGAGAAUGGAAGAGAUGUUUUUUAAUACUGUGCAGGUCGAACAUUUAUUAUUUGAAGUGUGUUGAAGGAACACGAAUGAAGGAAGUAUGAGUGUUGGGGGUGUGCUGGUUGUGAGAACUGUGCAUGUAGGACCUAAAACUACUUCUAGAAUUAAGAUGUUUUGAUUUUAAUUUACUGUAUUUUGAUAUUUUUAAAGUUGAUCUAUAACACUGCCCCUCAUUUAUUUUUCAUGUACAGGAUUUUUUUUUUUUCCAGAAGAAGAAACCUUUUCUGUAUUGUUUACAAGCACUUUAGAGACAUACUUACUUUAUGUAAACAUCUGAGAAUAUUUAGUGAAUAUUUUAUUAAUCCA